UUUAUGCGAUUUAAAAAUAUGAAUUUCAAUCGAAAUAACUAUAACCCAAAUAUUUGGGAUGUGUCGCGUAAUCCAUUCCCUCCAUUUGGGAAUAAUCAACAAAAUUUUAAUCAAAAUAGUGGAAACUUUCAAAAUCCAUUUCCACAUUAUUUUCCACAACAACAGAAUCAUAGUCCUGGUAUUCGACCGUUGUUAUCACUUCCAGGAGGUGAAACAACACCUCCAAACUUUCGAAAGUAUAACAACAAUAAUAAUAGUGACUAUCGUCGUCCAGGCCCUGCUUGUCGAACAAUUGGUCGCAAUAAUCAUCAAGGGAAUAAUUCAAAUUGGAUGAAGAAUAAUUCAAACUUCAAAAAUCGUGAUCAACAGAGGGGAAAUAAAAAACCUUGGCAAGAUCAAAAUGAUUCACAACAAAAUCCAACAUCUUCAUCCGAAGAUAAUCAUUCAGCACCAAAAUUUAAAAGUUUAGUGGAUCAUUUGAAAGCAGUCGCAAAUGCUAAAAAGAGCGAUGGAAGUGCUCAAGGUGACAAUUCAACUAAUGAAAUUGAUGCAAUGUGUGCCAAAAAUGCUUCGGAGGCAUCAAAGAAACUUCUACGACAACUGAAAACAAUGGAUAAAGAUAGUGUUAGAGAUUUAAUUAAAAACCCAAAGCAACCUUACAAGAAAAAAGUGUUAAAUAUCCAAGCUCGUGAAAAGUUACGAGAACAAAUGCGCAAGAAACUUCAUAAGCUUGGUGAGUCUGGUGAAUAUCAAAUUGAACCAGACGAGUGUAUAGAUUUCGAGAAAAUACCUGAAUCGUUGAUUGCUCAAAUUGGGAAGACGAUCGACUUACAUCCAGAAAUUGACGUAGACAUGGAACUGUCAGAAUCGAUCAGUGAAGAGCUAAUCAAAGAUAUUGAAGUCGUGACGACCAAUUUGGGAGAUGAUUUCUUCAAAGGGUCAGAAAUGCUUCUCUUUAAUGGGGUGAAUCUUCUUGGUGAUGCUGACACUGAACAUGACAUAAAAAUUUAUGACAAUGGCUCAAGAUUUCCACCUUUACCAGUUGAGCCACCUCCUAGUCCACCACCGCAACCAGUUCCACCUCCAACUAAACCUGAAUCAGAAGCUGCAUUCACUUCAGUGGAAAAACCAUGGUCACCUGUACGCAAUAAUAAUAAUAAUAACGAUCAACAAUCAUUUACUGAAGAUACUUGGGAUGACUUCGAUUCAGCAAGAAAUCCUGAUCCACCAGCGCCUGUUCAAGUAAUUGCACCAUCAACAAAGCCUCCUGUGGUUGAUAUCGAACCAGUGUCAAGACCUUUACCAAAACCAAUCAACGAUUCAACAAACAUAUCUGCAACAAGAUCAAUUCAAGCUCUUUGCCCAAUUCCGACAAAAGACGAUGACGAUGAUGAUGAAUGGGAUAGACCACAAAAAACUCCACAAAAAACUGUUGUUGAAACAGCAUCAGAUGUUAAACAAGCCGAAUUUAGUACAGAAACAGUUGCAACAAAUGAACAAAGUUCAGAAGUUAAAUUGAUGAAUGACACAACUCAAAGAGCUAAUGAGACUUAUGGUGAAUAUCGAAGAAGACUUGCAACUCAGCAAGCUCAAGAUGUUGAUGCAGAAGUGCCAGGAAAAGAAGUGAUAAAUAAUGAAAAUCCUCAACAUUCACAGAAUAAUCAAAAUCAACGCAAAGAUUGGAUGAAUAAUGAGAAUAAUUCAGGUCGAAACAGUCGUAAUGACAAUUGGAAUAAAAACAAUCAAAACAAUCGAAAUAAUCGUCAACAGAACCGAAAUUCAAGAUUUGACACACCACGAGGACGCGAUCGUAACCCAAAUAAUUAUCAACAGCAACGUCAUUUAUCACGCGAUACAAACAAUUCAUUUGACAGUGGACGAAAUGAGAAAUUUGAUGACAUUCGAGAUGCUCAUAAUUAUCGUUUCCAAAAUGAAAGUGGUCGUGAUGGGCCAAACAUUGAUCGUUUGAAUACAAUUUUAAAUCCGAAACCCUUAAACUUUAAAGGAUCGUUCAAUAAACGUACACAAAACAGCAAUAAUUGGAAUGGAAGUCAAAGAUCGCGAAGCCGAAAUCGAACGCCAGCCAACAAUUCAAUGGAAAGAGAUUUCGAUGUGAAUCUUCUUCCAUCACCGAAUGAUGCUCGACCUUGCUUUACUACAUUAAAGAAAGUUAUGGAAAUUGACGCAUCAAUUGCGAAACUUCAUGAUAAAAUCCUUGGAAUCGACAAAGUUAUUUCAAAUCUUCAAUUAGAACGUGUUGGAUAUCAGAAAACAUUUUCAAAUCUUCAACAUGAUCGGAAGAUUUUAUUUGACAACAUGAUUAAGCGAGCAAUGUCAUCAAAUGCUGACGAAUCAAAUGAAUCUCAUGAAGUGACGACAGAACAAGCGUCACAAAAGUCUCAGAUUGAAAAGAAGCUUCAGAAUAUUGUUGAUCAGAAGAAGCGAAAGCAGGAUGAUCAUCAAGAAGAACCGAAGAAGAAGAAACAAAAUGUUGACAAUGUAGAGACAACAACAUCAGCUGCUGCAAAAGCAGCUAAGCUUCAAAAAGAAAAGGAGGAAGAGGAACGUCGUCAAAGUUUAUUAGAAAAAAAGCGACUGAAGAAAUUAAGACGAGAAAGAGAAGAAGCUGAGAAACGAAGACUUGAAGAGAAAAUCAUCAGAGAAGCUGAAGCUUCAAAGAAAGUAACAAUCAAACAAGAGCCAGUAGAGAAAUCAAACAACAAUAAAUCAAGCAAACAUCAUCAUCAACAUCAUAGCUCAGGGAAAUCCCAAAAAGUUGUAGUUAAAUCAGAGGACGAACCACCAACGAAAAAUGUUUUCAAAUCAACUGACGUCAUCGAUCCUAAAAAUCAUAAAAUGAAAAAUUGUAGUGUGAAACUUCAACGCGUUUCUUUGCCACAGACACUAAUUGAUGCAUUUUCUUUGAACGGUUUUUUGACAAUUUCUGCUGAUGAUUGGAAUAAGUGGACGAAAGAUGAUCAAGUGAAGACUGAAGAUGAUCAACGGGUAGUUAAAGAAACGGAAAAGAAAGAAGAGAAAGAUGAAGAAAAACCUCAAGUUGCUGAAUCUGAAGAAAAAGAUCCAUUAGCUGAAACAAAUUCUUCUGAACCUUCUGCUGUUGAUCCUUUAGCUGUUGAUGAGAACACAAUGAAUCCUCCAACACCUGGCAGUAACGUAGCUUCAAAUGAUGAUUCACUUCUUGUUGAAAUGAAAACUGAAAUAGAUUAUUCAGAAUGGGCUGGCGAUUUCACAGCUCAUGAGCAACCAAUCGUACAUUUACAAAAUGUAGAAAAGAAAUUCAUCGUUGCAGCUUGUGAAGAUGGAAAAGUGCUUAAAUAUCAUACAAAGGAUGGAAAGCUUGUGUCAGUUUUUUCGAAGCACAAAGGAAUUUGCAACUCAUUUCUAUACGAUGGACGUGGCUACAUUUUGACAGUUUCAUCCGACGGAUUUCUACAUAAAAUAAAGUUCAAAACUUUCCAAUUAGUAAGUUCCGAGAAUUUCAAUGAACCAUUACAAGUGAUAGAGAAGUCAAAGCAAGAUGUGUUCGUGGGAACAAAAAGUGGAAAAAUCUUCAGACUCAAACGUGACCUUAUCGAACGUGAAAGUGAACCAAUUUGUGAGUUGGGCGUUUUAAUUCUUUGCUUGAGAGCGACAAAAGAAGGAUCGCGUAAUAUUCUUCUUGUCUCAUCGCGUUCUCAUGCAAUACAAGUGAGAGAUGCUCAAGAUGGUUUAUUACUGCGAACAUUUGCUGAUAACCUGGCUGGUGUAAGCAUCUACGAUAUGCUGAUUGAAGGAAGUACAAUUUAUUGUGGUAGCAAUCGCAACGAAAUAUUCGCAAUUGACUUCACAACCGGUGCCUUGAAGAAGUCACGCCCUUGUGGUGCUGGGGCAAUUUGUGUAAAGCUUUAUAAACAUUUUAUAAUCGCAGCUUGUUACGAUGGAAAUAUUUACAUAAUUAACACUAAAAAUGACGAUGCUGCUGUUAAUAUUUGUGGUCCCUCAAAUAUGCUUCUUGCCAUGGAUCUCUGGGAUGAUAAAAUUAUUGCAUCGACGAAAGAUAAGACUUUGAAGAUUAUGAACAUCCCCACAUAAAUCAACAAUUUUGAAAAUAUUCGCUGCAAAUAAAUUAUGAAAAUGUUAAGAAAUUUGAAAUAAAUAAAAUAUCUGAAAAAAAAACGAAAUAUAUUCCUGAAAUUUAAA